ACCUUACCAGCUCACGAGUCCCAAGCCAUACGUGACUGAGCCACUGCCGGAUGCGAUGAUCCACUGCUAGAAGAUACGCAUUGUUUUUAACGAUACACCGACAGACUAAAAAGAGUGGUGAAAAGUGAAUAAUAACCUCAUAUUUAGUUGCAAAUCCUUUGCUUGCAUAACUGCAUCAAGCCUGCGACCCUUUGACAUCACCAAACCUUUGCAUUCUUCUUUUUGAUGCUCUUCCAGGCUUUCACCGAGUCUCUUUCAGUUGUUGUUUGCUUCGGGGGGUUUCUCCCUUCAGUCUCUCGUUAGCAGGUAAAAUGCAUGCUCAACAGGGUGUAGUCUGGAGAUUGACUUGGCCAGACCUUCCACUUCUUUCCCUGAUAAACUCCUUGGUGGUUUUGGCAGUGAGUUUUGGUCGUUGUCUUGCUGCAUGAUGAAGGAUCUCCCGAUCAGUUUGGUUGCAUCUCUCUUUAAAUGUGCAGACAAAAUGUCUCUGUAGACUGCUGAGUUCAUUAUGCUGCUGCCAUCACGUGUUACAUCAUCAACGAAGAUCAAUGAGCCCGUCCAGAAGAAGCCAUGCAAGCCCAAGCCAUGACAUCACCUCCACCAUGUUUCACAGAUGAGCUUGUGUGUUGGAAUCAUGAGCAGAUCCGUCCAAGCCGUAGGGUCGCUGGUUCAAGUCCCCGAACAGACCUAAAUAUGGAGUGUGGCCUGGUGCUUGGAGAGGUCCCAGUUCACCUCCUGGGCCCUGCCGUGGUGCCCUUGAGCAAAGCACCGGAAGCAUUUUCUCCCAUAGGCAGCUCUCUGGUCUUCAUGUUGGUUACACCGUUUUAACUCUAAAUGAAGUCUGCACAGGCAAAAGCUCAAACUGAGAGUAGACAUGCAGUGCUAUUUAUUGUUUGAAUAAUCAAAGUAACAGGACACUCCUCAGUCACAUGUUCCUAUACUUUUGCUCACUUGGAAAAUGGGUGGGUUUAAACAAAGGGUGCUAUCUUCUCAGUUGUUUAUCAGAUCUAGAUGUAAAUACUUGGAAUGAAAAGCUGAAAUACUGACCAUUUGUCUCAUAUUCGUCUUUUGAUGUCAAACCCAAUUGUUUUAUUGUUUUCAGUGUAUAGCACAAAUAAAGGAAUUAGUCUUGCUGUUCUAAUAGUUUUGGACGGGAGUCUAUAAAUAGGCACACAUUCAAAUUUGUUUUAGUUUUUUUUCACAUCCUGUGAUGCACAACCAAUCAAGUAUUUUAAAAUGAUUAUGUCAUUUGGAACAAAUAAUUUGUUCCUAUGCACUGUUUGUGUUCACCUGAAGAGCGAGCUGCAGCGAGUGGAAGAGGAGCAGACACUAGAGGAGCUGCAGAGUCUCCGAGAAAUAGUUCAUGACUGGUUUCGAAAGCAGGAAGAAAUCGCAGAGAAUGUGCGCGAGCCCAGCAGUGACCCCACACUCUGUGAACCCCCCACAUCCAUCCCCAAGAGUGGGAGCUCAGGAAUGAUCCAGUACCUGCAGUCAUGGUUCCCAGGCUGGGGAGGCUGGUAUGGAGAGCCCCAGGACCCAGAGAGGCCUGAGGACCUCCAGCCCAGUCCGUCCUCCUGGGACAUUCUGGCAGAGACAGAAGACCUGUUCGACCCGUUGGAGGACUCUCACACUCUGAACACGUUCACAAGGAGAGAUCACCUGUUUGCACGGCUGGAGUUCUUACUGGAGAAAGGCGGAGUCACGCUCUUCCACCAGGACAGGAGGGGGGGCUCUCUGAACGAAAGUGGGGUCAUCCAGUUGGAAUUUUCAGGUACACGGGCAGAGUUUAGACACAUUUCACUUAAGAGACAAUAAAGCCAAAGAUUUCUACAGAUCAACAAUGAAAAUCUAGACUUGUAUAUACGGUGGCAAGAACAAUUAAGGGAAUACUUUUGAAUAACCUGCUUUUAUGUAUAAAUGUGUCCCAAAACAUGGUCAGGGGCCUCAUUUAUAAACGGUGCGUACGCUCAAAAGAUGUUUCUAAGCAAUCUUUGUGAUUUAUUUGUGAGAAAUUUGUGGAAAUAAUACCAUAAAUAAAAUGUUACCUCUCAUGUAUCAUAUAUGAAGAGUUCAUUUGCAAACAUUGAUUGAAGCUAAUCUUAAAAUGAUUAAACAAACGCCUGUUUUAGACUCCUCAGUGCACACAGAAACAUAACUUGGAGAAAUAAA